AUGCGACAGGCCCCGCCGGGUCAAGGCCAGUCCCUGGCUCAUAAUAUCAUUACCCCUGAUGAGUCGCCAGCACCGGCACAGCACCAGCAUCAGCACACGACCGUCAUCCAUUCUCCUUCAGACAGAGCCGCUGCGAGAAACCAACCUUCGUCGACGCCACACAGUCGAGAUGUUUCUAGCACUCGAGGGCGGCCGGGAGAUGCGACAGCGGCUGGAUUUGGCCUUUCUUCCCUACAACCACACCCCCAGAUACGCAACCAAUCGCACUCGAAGAGUCCGGAACCGUCGAGCGAGCGAGAGCGGACCGGCGUUGGCUCGGAGGAGGGUUUAGAGAGACGGCCGUCGAACUCGUACGGCCACCACCGUCAGGCAUCCAUCGUGCACGGCAGCAUCCAGCACUCAAGAGGGCCCAGUUUUGCAAAUUCACCAGUCAUCUCCAGCCCUCUCAGUCCCGAGAUGAUUUCGGCCGCUGGGUUCGCCCCGUCCCUGAACGAACCCAAGCUUAAUGGCGGUGUGAGAGAGAAUGGAGAGUACCCGCCGUCUACUUUUAUAUCGUCCGCCGGCGGCGUGGGAAACAUUCUCCAGGCGUCUCCUCUGUCGUUGAUACAGGAUACAGUGAGACCAGAUGGGUUGGACCGCCAGCAUUCCCAUCGUAGAGCUAUCACCACGGGCAAGCUACGGAGGGAAAACUCACAUACAAAGACUCGUUCGGGGCAUACCAACCAAGAGGCAAAGACGUUUGUGGGGCAAGCAGAGGAAAAGAUUAACAAAUGUAUCAUGAGCCUUGGGGAAUUCGAGGCACCCGUAGAGCAAGUAUGCGGUCCUGGUGCGGACCCAACAUUCGACCAACUCAUAGCUGCCCUUGGUCACAUCGCGAAACAGAAGCCAAAACCCCUCAUAGAUACCAUAAUGGUAUGGAGAAAGUCAAAAGGCGAUGCAGCUGCUACCGCAAAGCAAGGCUGGACCCAGCCCAAACCCCCUCCAUCAAUAUCUUCUACCAUAAUUCGGCGCAACACAGAGCCACCACAGCCAGGGUCAGAACCGCACGACGCUGGGUCACCGCCUCCUUCGAUACCAAUCAUAAACAGACAGGAAGACGUCCUCAUGACAGAACGACGGGCAACAGUCUCUGUCUAUCUCGUAUGUCGUGUGCUUAUCGAGAUCUUUAACCAAAGCACCAUCAACGCAAUCACACAAGAAAUGGCUAGUCGGCUGGAAGAUAUCGUGUUCGGGCAGCUCAAGGCCGUCGAUCCAGAGCAAAUUGCUGCUUCGCCCCUGAGAAUGGCUAACUGGCGCAUCUACGGACAGCUUCUUGGCAUUAUGAGCGAGAGCAACUUCACCAGUGUUUCCAACCAGUACCUUUCCGAACUGACUCAAUAUCAGCGAGAAGAAGGUAGAAUGCUUGCUACUAAAGAGGCAGAAACGAAAGCUGAGUUGUUAGUCUAUGGAAUGCGACAUCUUCGUCUUCGAGUAUACCCGGAAGAGCGAUGGGCAAAAACCUGUGAUUUCUUACAAGCCCUUGCCAGGCUAUUCAGCGACGCACACGGACAACGCUUGAAACAAGCAUACUGCCAGAUACUUGAGACAUUUCUCCUUCCCAUUGCUGCCAAUCCCACUUGUGACUUGUCCUCGCCUAAAUGGAAGGAAUUUCUAGAGAUUCUUGUACCUCGUCUAUCCCAGGUACUUGUGAAACCUAGACAUUGGAACAGUGCUUUUCCCCUUCAUAUCCUCCUACUGUGUGUCUCUCCUCGAGAUACAUUCUUGUCACAAUGGAUGCCCACUGUGAAUGCCCUUUCGCCGAAACUUAAAGAGCGUCCUACCAGGGCUGCUGCCCUUCAGGCCAUAUGCCGAUUACUCUGGACAUAUCUAUAUCGUUAUGCCGAUCCAUUGAGCAAUCCGCUCCGUAAAACGGAAGAGGUUAUUAGAAUCGUUCUCCCUGGCGGCAGACGAACCUACCUCACCACCGAGCCUACCGUCGCAGAACCCAUCACCCAGUUAGUUAGAAUGAUCGGUUUCAAGCACCCAGAGAUGUGCUUCCGCUGCAUCAUUUUCCCACUAGUCAAUUCUGACCUGUUUGCAUCCGGCAAAGACUUAAAGAUUGAGCAUAUGGAACCGGAAAAGAUGGUCAUUGGCAUCCGCUCUUUCUUAGCGAUCGUAGCAGAUAUAGAGAACGGCAGCGGGACACCACCUCCCUUCCCGCAAGAAUUUUCCAUCACAGAGCAAUCCCCCAUCUCUCCAUUCGCUCCUCAAGCGUCUAUCCCCGAACCACAAUAUUCCACCACCUCACCCCCUAAACCCCAACCUUCUCCAAUUCCAUUCAAUCCGUCCAAGUUAAACGAAAACACUCGAAAGUAUUACCUACGAUUCUGCGAAAUACUAGGGAAGAUCACUAUAUUAUGUGACAACACCUUUGGAGGACAAGCCGCCCUUGAUGAAAAGUUCGGUGGUAUUACUCCCAAAACUCCUAUUACGGAACACUUUAGCUUUGGCCGGCGCGAUGACCAUGCAAACACUUCUGAUCAAAAACAAGGGUUUUACGAUCUUCUCCAUGUUGCCGUGCAGGCACUUCCCCGGUGUCUCUCGGACCAUAUACCAUUUAAUUCUCUCAUAAACCUUUUAUGCACGGGCACCGCACAUGUACAGUCGAAUAUAGCAGCGUCAUCCGCAGAAUCACUCAAAUCCAUAGCUCGUCAAUCAUAUGCCCAGCAUGUAGCCAUUGGAUUUGCUCGUUUUAUAUUCAAUUUUGAUGCCAGGUAUUCAACCAUGUCAGAUGAGGGCAUGCUAGGACCAGGUCAUAUCGAAUCAACUUUAAAAUUAUAUGUCCAACUUAUCCAGAUAUGGAUUGAGGAAAUUAGACAGAAAACCAAAGAUGCCACCAUAGACCUGUCUGAUAAAGCUGCCACAGGCGCCCGAGGUCUACAACUUGACUUGUCUGGUGUCCUGGCUCAUGUGGAGGAGAUUGAGUCUCAUGGAUUAUUCUUCCUAUGUUCUCAAUCUAGGAUAGUUCGAGCGUUUGCCAUAACGGUUCUGCGCCUCGUGACGGAAUUCGACACAGCUCUCGGAAAGAAUAAUACCCGGAUUAUCCGUAUAAUGGAGGGAGAUUCACAACGAGUUCUUGACCUAAAGGAUGAGUCAUUAACUGUUGCUGAGCGAAGCAGGCUUCAAAAGGGUAGGCAAGAGAACACCGCCCACAACACCCUUAUUGAACUCUGUAGCAGCGAGGUGUCGUAUGAUUCAACUCUAUGGGCAAAAGUGUUCCCAAACCUCAUCCGUAUAAGUUUCGACACAUGUCCAUUUGCAGUCACCCUUGGUCGUGAGAUUGUUUGUGCCAGACUAGUUCAUAUGCAUAGACAAAUUACCCAUAUAGCUGAAGGCCCUCCCCCGAUGCAACUAAAUUCUCCAGAUCAUAUUCCCACCCGGCCGACUAUUAUUCGGAGUGGUACGCCACCCGAGGUCAUGAUCGAACAAUGGAAACUAUACCUCAUUAUGGCUUGCACCACCUUGAAUAGUGCAGGCGCACAGUCCCAGAGCCAAUUGGCAAAUGCGCAACACGCACGGAAAGCCUCCAAGUCUGGACAGCAGAGCCAGGAUAAGAUUAAUUCGGCACGUUCUCUCUUUGCAUUCGUUAUUCCAUUACUUUCUGCCCCGCACGACUCUAUCAGAAAUGCCAUUGUCGUUGCCUUAGGCUCUAUCAAUAUCGCCUUAUACCGAACACUCCUAGAGUCAUUACAGUAUGCCGUGACUACUUGCAAGGAAGAAGCCAGGGUCCGUAUCGGAACUCACCUGCGUACCCCAAGCACACCAAGACGAAAUAGACGUACCGACCUUCUCAGAACAGAAGUAACCAACGUGUAUAAAGCGACUUCUCAUUUCCUCAAGGAGGCUGAAGUGUCUAACGAUGAUUGGAUACUGAAUAAUAUGGUAACGUACACCCGAGACCUGAGAAUAUUCUUAAGCGACGUGGAGGUACAGAAUGAUCUAGAAUUCCAAAAUCUUCGAUUUCAUUUCUGUGGACUACUCGAGCAACUGUUUGAUGGCAUUAAAAGAUCAAAGGAGCCGUCUAGAUGGAUGCCAUUCGAGUCUAGGAAAUCGGCCUUCUCUCUCAUGGAAGAUUGGUGCGGUUAUUCUCCUAACCAAAACCAAAUUGCUGUCCGAGAGGAGAACAUGCGAAAGCUCACCAUUGCAAGGCAAAGAGAGAAUGGAGAAGCCCGGAGCACUGCUGCAAUGGAAAUUGAGAAGAGAAAUUUGCGUACCGCUGCACUCAGCGCUAUGGCAUCACUUUGCGGAGGCCCGAUACGCAUAUCGACAGAAAGCGGAGCCACCCUCCAGUUUGAUGUCAGACGUAUGCUCUCGUGGAUCGAUAUUAUUCUUAAUACCGAGAGUGAUAAGUUGCACACUAUCGGGCGACGGGCACUGAAAAAUUUGAUUGUCCAUAACAAAGGUCUCCCGUAUUUACUUGAACAGUGUAUCGAAAUGUGUUACUUAUCGGAGCGGCCAAAGGCUCUAGAAAGCUAUUUCGAAGUUUUCUCGCAAGUCGUUGUUGAAGAAAGCGACUAUCCCGUCGCAUUCUGGCGCAUCCUCGGCGCCGUCUUAUUCACUCUCGGAAAUUCAAAGAGAGAGAUCCGCAUGAAAUCUGCUCGUUUACUGAGAACGAUUGAAGAACGUGAACAGAAAAAUUCAAGGCUACAAGACUUCGAUAUCAGCAUUUCUGACAGGACAACAGCCGUGUACAAGCUUGCUCAAUUCGAGACUUCGAAGCGACUUGCACAGCAACAUGCUGAUCUGGCAUUUAUCAUCUUCUCUGAGUUUUCACUCCACUUCAAAAACAUUCAGCCAGACACUCAACGUAACAUGGUUGCAGCUAUUCUUCCCUGGAUCCAAGCAAUCGAGCUUCAACUAGACCCAAAUGGUGGCCCAACUUCAAAAUCCUAUAUGUUACUCUCUAAUCUAUUUGAAAUUACCAUCCGUUCCGGUACUGUGCUACCAAACGAGGUUCAGGCUCUUUGGCAAGCUCUCGCCACAGGUCCCCAUGCUGGCAAUGUGCAGCUCGUUCUUGAUUUCAUUAUCAAUCUUUGUCUAGAGAGAAGAGAGCAAAACUUCGUUGACUAUGCGAAACAAAUAGUCGUUUUCUUAGCAUCAACUCCAGCAGGCUCCAAGGUUAUUGAGUUUUUCUUGCUCCAAGUCAUACCUAAAAACAUGGUACACGAGCGGCGUGAACCUCUUCCAGCUCCUUCUGAUCUAUCAAACUUGCCAUACGUUGCGGACCUCGGCACCAUUUUGCCUGUCGGAAACAAGCAGGUGGGUUUGUCUCUAGGACAAGUUUCAAUGAUAUUCCUCGUCGAUUUGAUGGUUGCCCCAGUUAGCAUUGGCUUUGAAAGUGUCAUUAAGCUCAUCCAUGUUACACUUAUAUUUUGGGACCAUUAUACCUUGACCGUUCGAGAACAGGCACGAGAAAUGCUUGUUCAUCUAAUUCAUGAGCUUGUUGCUUCAAAGUUAGAAAACGACGUUGAAGGAGCCCGGCGCCAGUCUAUUGAAGAUUUCGUGGAAUGCAUCCGUCAAAGUGACCCUACUGUGAUAUGGGAGUAUGAAGACAGCAAUGGGAAAGAUGAGAAAGCUGCUGGUACAAGAGUACCAUCCUCUAUGCACCAUGUUGCCCAUAGUGUAGCUGGAAUAUUUAAUGCUGUUUACGAAGGUGUCAAUGAUCAUUGGUCAAGAGAAGCGCUGAACUGGGCUACCUCCUGCCCCGUUAGGCAUCUUGCCUGCCGAUCGUUUCAAGUAUUCAGGUGCAUAUCUACAUCGCUUGACUCGCGAAUGCUUGCCGACAUGCUAGCGCGGCUUUCGAACACUAUUGCUGAAGAAGAAACGGACUAUCAAACAUUUUCCAUGGAAAUAUUGACGACGUUAAAAGUUAUCAUCAGCUCUCUCGCUCCGCAAGACCUUUUACGAUACCCUCAGCUAUUUUGGACCACUUGUGCUUGCUUAAAUACAAUACAUGAACGGGAGUUCAUGGAAAGUCUUGCUAUGCUUGAAAAGUAUUUGGAUAAAAUCGACCUAUCUGAUGAGAGCAUAGCUACUAAGCUAUUAGAAAGCAAACCUCCAAAGUGGGAGGGCGAAUUCUGCGGGAUCCAAGACCUGGUCUAUAAAGGUCUAAAGUCAUCGGAAUCCUUACAUGAGACUCUCACAAUGCUGAAAAGGCUGGCAGCCCUGCCUAAUAAUAAUUUACUUGGUGAUGGAAACCGCUUGCUGUUUACGGUCUGGGCAAAUCUACCCGAACUGUUAAAUGAGUAUGAUCCUUCUAGGAGAUCGAUAAAUGCGGAAAAGAAUGCAAAUCUCCUCGCUAGCAUCGCCGAGAAACAAGGCUGCACUCAAUUGUCAAGCUGUUUAUUGGCAUUCUCCCGAGCACAAUAUCGAACAGGCGACGAGCUCUUGGCUGACAUUAUCAACUCAAUUUCGAUCCUCAUGCGGAUUCUCAGUGCAAUAAUAUCUGAAAUCGACAUGCGUCGACCAGAUAUCUCUUGCCACGGCCCAGACCUCAUUUCUCCUCUGCUUCGUCUCCUUCACACAGAACUUUGUCCUCAAGCCCUCGGAGUUCUUGAUCACAUUAUGACGGUCGCUGGGAAUCCAAUGGAGCGUCACCAUCUGCGUAUGAGUAUGGCUUCUUCGGCCUCGUCAAGAGCUAUCCGGAAAGAAUUUGAAGGUAUACAGAGCUUGUACGGUAUCCCUGAGCCAACAGGAUGGUCAAUUCCCGUUCCAGCCAUACAGUCAAACCUCACUAGAAACAACGUUCAUGCCGUGUUCUACACCUGCGCAGAGGAAGAUGGCCUUGAGGGCCAGUCGACAACUUCACCAGAUCUGGAGUUCCAUGUUGAUGACUAUGGUGACUCCUACUUCCCGGCAUUCCGUGCGGACACGAUGAAAUCGGUUGAUACUGGAAACGAAACAAACAUGGGCGAUUUGCUACAAAAACUCGACAGUUUGGACGACUUCUUCGAAGAAACGGAGGUCAACCCCCCAGUACCUUCAAUAACUGGAGCAUCCCUACACAACUUUACAGCGACCGACUUCCCUGAUGCCAGUACACACCUAUACGACCAGCACACUGCUCCACUAUUGCGCAAAUCCCUUGCUAGAACAGCGUCCUCCUCAUCAUUCCACAAUGGGUUCGCCGAUUCUCGACUCCCCCUUACCCGUACUGAUUCAAACAGUGUCGGUGCUCCUUCUAUUCACCCUUCACCCCUGAGCACUUCUUCCUCUACACAACCACGGCGCGGGUCCCUACACACGCGUUCAAUUACUUCUCCAAGCAAUUAUUACCCACAAUCAAGCAAUAACAACGGCAACCCUAGCACUCCCGAGCCAAGUUAUCUAGGACGAUCUUUCCUCUCCGACGAUGAUGUCGAGGAUGCCUUAUCGGACUCUGAUGAUCGUCUAACCCUUCACUUCCCGGCAUCGUCUACCUCUCGUGUUGCCGUCAUGGGCAAUAAUAAUCCUGAGGCCGGCUCAUUUUCCUUGGAUACCAUGAUUCGAAGUGGUGUACGCCGACUGACCGGUGGCAACAAUGCGGGACGAGACAGAGAUCGGCAGCGUGAGCUAUUAAGAGCCCAACAACGAGCCAUGGCUCAGUCAGCCACUUCCCCCAGAGUGCCAAAAGUGCCACCCGAGUAUUUAACCAGCGGAGCAAACAACCCAACCUCGCCUAACCAAUGA